AUGGCGGAAGAACAAGAAAAAGUCGAUUUUAAAACAACAGAUGAUACUGAUUCUAUUGGGAACUCACUCAAACAAUCUUCAAUACAAUAUGUUUCGAUGAAUAAUAAGAAUUUUCAAGUGAAAAAUCAACGACCAGGCACCAAUUUAGAGUUGAAAUCCCGUCAAGCAUUCGAAGAAAUCUGUCGACAACAGCAUGCUCAGCUCAGUAAAAAACGCCAGGCAACAUUAUUUUGUCGAUAUCGUCACACCAAUCAUCCCUACCUUAUUUUGAGACCUGUGAAAGAAGAGAAAGUGCUUGAUGAACCAGCCGUCUUUCUUUUUCAUGAUGUUGUGAGCGAUUCGGAUAUUGAAAAAAUCAAAGCUCUAGCCGUACCUCGGUUACAACGUGCUCUCGUACGCAAUGCUGCAACCAACACGAUUACACCUACUAAUGACAGAAUUAGUAAGAGUGCUUGGCUACGUGAUGAAGAUUCGCCAGUAGUAGCUCGUCUCUCUCAACUGAUUAGUGCUCUCACAAAUUUGACCAUGGAAACGGCUGAAGAAAUUCAGUUAUUUAUUUUAUUUUCUGUUGUAUUAUAA